AUAAACAAAUUAAGAAUAAUAAGAAAUAGAAUAAUUAAGGACAAAAUAAUAAAGCUAAAACUGAAUCAAUACAAAUUAUGAUAUAAAUAAUUAAAAUAUAAAUACAAACAUAUAAGCAAUAAACUAAAAUUCAAAUACAAACACAGAAUCAAUAAGUUAAAAUUACGAAAGUGAAUAUGCAAUAAAUAGCAAGCAAAAUACAUAAUAGCGUAUUAAAAUAUCAUCAAUAUUACUCAGUAAUGGAAUUAUUUAUGAAGGAGAAUGGUAUUAAGGAAUGCGAGAUGGCUAUGGAAUUUAGAGAUGGCCUAAUAGUUCUUAAUACGAUGGAUAAUGGAAACGGGAUAAAAGUAAUGGAAUAGGAAAACUUAUUCAUUCUGAUGGAGAUAUUUAUGAAGGGGAAUGGAUUGAUGAUAAGGCAAAUGGAAAAGGGACUUAUUAUCAUAUUAAUGGAGCUAAAUAUAUAGGUGAUUGGAAAGAAGAUAAAUAACAUGGAAAAGGCAUAGAAAUAUGGCCUGAUGGGGCUACUUAUGAAGGAGAUUAUAUAGAAGGAGAAAAAAAUGGAAAAGGGAUUUUAAAAUUUACGGAUUAAUCUUAAUAUAUAGGGGAUUUUAAAAACAAUAGUAUUGAAGGAUAUGGAGAAUAUAGGUGGAUUGAUGGAAGGAUUUAUAUGGGAUCUUGGAAAAAUAAUAAAAUGAAUGGAUUUGGGAAACUUAAAUGGCCUGAUAAUAAAAUUUAUGAAGGAAAUUAUAAAGAUGAUAUUAAACAUGGGUUAGGUACUUUUAUUUGGGCUGAUGGGAGGAAGUAUAUUGGAUAUUGGAAUGAAGGUAAAUAACAUGGGUUAGGUAUUUAAAUUAAUAAAGAUGGAGUAUAUAAAUAUGGGGAAUGGGAUUAAGGGAAAAGAAUUAAAAUUUUUUUGAAUGAUGAAAUUGAAAAAAUGAAAAAAGAAGGUCGUUUUGAAUUUGAUAAGUUAUAAAAUUGAUAAUGUAUAGAUUUAGUUACUAAGAUAUUUUUUUUUAUGAUUUUUAUAAUAUUUAGAGUUCAAUUAAAAUUAUACUGUUUAAAAUAUAGAUAUUUUAUAUAUAUUAAAAUUAAAUGACUCCUCCUCUUUCUUUACUCUGAUUUUUUUUAAAAAA